UCCUCCCUCCGUCAUGAAAUCCGUGUCGUACACCUCGUCGCCUUAACCAAAAACAAAAGAAAACAAAAAUUCCUUUCAUUUUCUUCUUGUGCUGCUUUUCUUUCUUCAUCUUCUUCUUUAGACUUUGCAGCUUCGAUGGUGUAGAGAGAGAAGAGCGGAACCAUUUUGUUUCCUUCCCACCCUUUCCCAUUCUCCAAUCCAUCAUAGCCAUAUCCGCCGCUGAAAACGGUUAACAUUUUGUUGACUGAUGCUCUCUUCUUUCCCUCCCUAAUUCCACUUUACACUGUCUUCUCUCUGUUCUUUUCCCCACUGUUUCGCCGGCUUCUAGCUGCCGUCUGCCGCUUCAAUGAUGCUCCGCUCCUGUCAUCUCACGAGUGGGUUUUGAUAUUGGUGGGAGAGAACCGAAGGGUUAUUUUUUUUCGGGCCAUUUGUCUGAGAGUUGGUUGCUGUUUUAGGGGGUCGGAAGUAAGGUAAGGUUGGAAGAGGGAAAUGGGUGAUACGGAAGAUAGGAGCACUGAAGUGAUGCAGCGGUUGCAAUCUUCGUUCGGGACUACUCAGUCUUCUUCUUCGAUGUUAAAGCAGCAGCCUUUUUCAUCGGGGAAGCAGCUUGAUAUCCCUCCUUUGAGUCAAAACCAAAUGCGGACGAGGCAUUUCGCUCAGUUUGCCCAGCAGGGUUUUGGCGGGGAUAACAGCAGUAAUGGUAGCAAGAGAGUUGGGAUUCCACCUUCACAUCCCAACCAGAUCCCACCCAUUUCGCCUUUCUCUCAGAUCCCAGUGUCUAACAGGCCAAUCAACCAGCAAAUGGGUUCACAGAGUUACAGCCCUGGUCGCGGUCAUUCACGAUCCUUGUCACAGCCGUCUUCGUUCUUCUCACUUGAUUCUCUGCCUCCUCUGAGCCCUGCAUCAUUCAGAGACCAUUCCCCCACUACUGCUGUUUCAGAACAUAUGUCGACUGAUGCUUCAAUGGAGGAUAGGGAUGGGAACUCUCACACUUUAUUGCCACCAUCGCCGUCGCCUUUUAGCCGGGCAGGUACUCCUCGAGUUGGUGAGAGUUUGCCUCCUAGGAAGGCUCAUAGGCGGUCUAAUAGUGAUAUCCCAUUUGGGUUUAGUGGCGUGAUGCAGUCUUCCCCGGGACUUGUUCCAUUGAGAGGGACAGCUGGUUUUGGUAAACCAGAUCAGUCGGUGAAGAGGGAGUGGGAGAAAGGUGUUGAUAGCAAUGAAGAAGGGGCGGGGGAGAGGAAAUCUGAAGGUGAAGUUGUGGAAGAUUUGUUUUCUGCGUAUAUGAAUUUGGACAACUUUGAUGCGUUGAACUCAUCUGGGACAGAUGACAAGAAUGUUACUGAGAAUCGUGAGGAUUUAGAUAGCAGAGCUAGUGGAACCAGGACCAACGGGGAUAGCAGUGAUAAUGAGGCCGAGAGCAGCAUGAAUGAAAGUGGGAGCAGCUUUCCGAGAGGAGGAUUGAGUUCUUCAGUGGAGAGAAGGGAAGGGGUUAAAAGGAGUGCUGGAGGGGAUAUUGCUCCAACUUCAAGACAUCAUAGAAGUGUUUCCUUGGAUAGUUUCAUGGGGAAGUUAAACUUUGGUGAUGAGUCCCCAAAGCUUCCUCCUUCACCGGGGCCUCUUCCAGGACAAUUAUCUCCUACUAGCUCGAUUGACGGGAGCACCUUUAGUUUGGAUUUCGGUAAUGGAGAGUUCAACAAUGUUGAACUGAAGAAAAUUAUGGCGAACGAGAAACUUACUGAGAUUGCUUUAACUGAUCCAAAGCGUGCAAAGAGAAUUUUAGCAAAUCGUCAAUCUGCUGCUCGUUCUAAGGAAAGGAAGAUGAGAUACAUUUCAGAACUGGAGCACAAGGUGCAGACUCUUCAGACAGAAGCUACUACAUUGUCUGCCCAGCUUACUCUAUUGCAGAGAGAUUCUGUUGGACUUACAAAUCAGAAUAAUGAACUGAAGUUUCGUCUACAAGCCAUGGAGCAACAGGCACAGCUUCGAGAUGCUCUCAACGAAGCUUUAACUGCUGAGGUUCGACGACUGAAGAUCGCCACUGCUGAAAUGAACGGCAACAGCUUCGAUGCAUCCAAAGGCAUGGUUCCACAGCAGAUGUUCCAGCAGCAGCAGCAGAUGUCCUCCCAGCGCAACACCCAUCAAUUGCAGCAGCAGCAGCAGCAGGAACAACAGAAUGGAACAAACUCGAAAUCAGAAGCUAGCCAGUAAAUGCAAAUUCAUUCAUUAAGUUUCUUUGUAUCCCCACCGGCGGUGGUGAUUAGAGAUUCCCCACAUCUUUCUUCGACCCCUUCUGGCAUAUCAAUCUUUUGCUGCAAUCAAUGGUUAUUCAUAUAUACAGGCGUUCUUCGUAUUAUAUAUUUUAUUACAUGUUAGAUGGUAUAGUCAAAUGAGUACAGCUCAUAUUCGUUUAUGUACUUAUAUUUUAUUAUAUUUACAUAUCCAUAUAUAUCAAGUAAAACGGUUUGUCUGUUGAAGAUGUUGUAUGGUUUUGGUUCGAGCAUGAAGACAGAAAUUGCAGAAGUUUAUAAUAACAAGUUGUUUUUUUUUGGAUAAUCAAUAAUAACAAGUUGUUAGUUGUACGUUCUUUCAAUAACGGUUAUUCUUUUCAUUUUUCUAUGGUUUUUCUU